AUGUCAAAGACCUGUCUAUCGUGUCGAUUCGAUGCUUGUUGUUGCGUGCCGUCAACUCCAUUCCCCCCUCCAUUGGACUGGAACUUCAAGGCCCGGUCGAAGGAUGCUUCAAAAAACUUGCGCAAUGGAUUGUUUGCUGGAGGCGCAUGUUACGUCCUGCAUGGCAUGCUGGUCAUGAUCCACAUCGUCCUCUUUUUCUUUUAUGUCAAUCACUGGGAACACCAUGUAACUUUCUCUUUCACACAAACCAACAAUGAUUUCUGGCCUGUCGUGCUUAGUGCUUCACUGCAAGCGUUUUAUACUAUAUACACAGCUGUUCUGCUCUUUCUUACACAACGGCUUGCGAUUUCGACAACACUUGUACGCCAUGUGAAACUAACUGCCGUUCACGAUGUCUCUGGCGCCUGGACGGGCCUUGGCUCAGCACUCAGUAGCGUCUGGCGACAAACUGACAUCCCCGCCUCGUGGUGGACGACUUCUGCUGUGGCAGCUUACCUUGCGAGCAUAACCGUACUGCAUGUCACCUCUUCCACUCUCCUACAAUUUCAAACUUUCAACGCCUCCAUGACGACUUCCGUACCAACAACACUAGGGUGGCUAAACGAUUCAUCCUAUGACUCUUUUGUGAACCUGGGAUUCAUUACUCCGUCCCUACCGAUCGUCAAUCAUUUGAACGGACUGGUGUCUGCAGGAUUAUCAGACACCACACUCUACGAUACCCUCAAAACAAACACUAUAGCAGGAAAUGCGACCGUGAAUGCGACGACAGUAACCUCAAGUUGCGGAUUGAUUCCAAAUGUGACAUACUCUGCAAAUACCAGCACGGCCAUCGUUCCGUUUGGGCCAGUUGCUACUCACAUGCUUAAUGCGAGCACUCUCUGGUCAGACCAGAUACAUAUAAUUCCAUGGAUGGAAUAUGAAGAUGCUUACGGUGGCUCCUCAGAGCUCGGUGGUGUCUAUCUUAUGGUCUCCACAUCAUUGGGCAUCGACCCUUCAGUACAGGAUGAGAUCGCUGUAAACAUGACUUGGGCUAUCCCUGAUAUCGCUACUCCAUACGUCAUCCAGGUCUAUUUCGUGUAUUGCUCGCUAGCAGCCAACACUACAGAUGGGGUGGUCGAUAUGCAAACAAACAGUUUACUGAGUUCUACGCCCAUAUCGCAGCCAUCUACUGAAUGGGAUAUGUAUGAAUUCGCGUGGUCGAAUACUAGCUGGCAAACACAAAUCGGCAGUGCUUUGGCUACCCCAGACAGCAGUAGCGGGAUCGUAUUUGAUGGUACACCUGCACAAAUCACCGAACUGUCUGUUGCGGACGAGUAUAUCAUGUCGCUGGUAGGCUUGAAUCUCACCGAGGAAUAUUUAGGAUUCCGAGACGACGGUGCUGUUCCGAUUUCAAAUUUCACUUUGAGACCGGAUGAACUAGAAUCUGCGGUCGCAAAAGCAGCUGCACAACUUAUCUGGUUAGCGGGACAAAUGGGCACAGCCAAUGGAGGUAUUGACCCUGGCGAUGGGACGGCCUAUGUCAACGAGGAGUUGAUUGCCCUACGCCUCAAUAUCAACCUUCUUCCUUUGGCUUUCGCGGCGUCCGCAUCGGUGAUCAUGUUGGGACUGGCGUUACACAUGACAAGAGCAUUCGAUGCAUGUCAUGACAGUGAAGCUGCUAUCCCAGACACAGGCGUCCUGCAACUCUUGUGGUUGGGUCAUCGUUCGGCAUCUAUCAGUGAAGUUCUGGAAGAUGUGCAGCAUCCGACAGAGGCCAACCUGCGGCGAGCAGGCAUGAUAGACGUUUGUCUUGCGAAAACGUCAUUCGAGAAGGAAGAGUAUGGGAGUUCAAGUGAUGGUCUCUCCUGGUGUAGUCGGCUACCAUCGUAA